GUUACACGUCUGAACAGGUAGAUCUACAAAUGGUGGCCGAAGAGCGUUUUCAGUGUGGACUUGUAAAAUCAAUGAGGAACUGACAUUAACCAGACAUGUCUCCUUGGUCUGAGCCAGAAAACAAGUGAUUCAUCAAAACAACCAGAUGUAAUUAAAUUCCAGGCUUUGUUUCCAAUACUGGGGACAUAAACAAUGACAAUAUGUACCUGUUUCCUUGACGUUUACAUUCUGAGGCUUGGAAUGGAAGUGAUCAUCAGGUAGCUAUGCUUUAGUGUCUUUACAAUUAUGUUAUAUGAACAAAUGUGCCUGGAUUGGAGCUCAGAGUAAAGUCAAGAUUUAGAGACAUAAAAUAAAGUCUAUUUUGUGACUGUUAUUCAAUAUCAGUUAUAAUAGACAAGUUGUUUGGGUCUAUUUAUAGACUUCCUUUUCUCUUCCUCAACUUUUUCAUCAACAUGGCAACACCCAUAGGUCAAAUCCCUCUCUGUACCUGUACUGAACACAAGGGGAGACCACUGGAACUUUACUGUGAGAAAUGUGAUAUGCUGGUCUGUUAUAAAUGUCUGAUAUCUACUCACAAAGGCCAUAAUGCUUGUGAAAUCAGCGAUAUUACUCCUACAAAGAAACAAGACAUUCAAAACUUUAUUGACAGAACUGAAAAACAUGACCUGGUACAACUUAGGGAAUACAUCACAUCUACUGAUACACUUCUUAAAGACAACACCAGCAAUUUUGAGAAUCUAUCAGACAAGUUGAAAAAGCAAACAGACAAAUUAAAGAAAGACCUCGACUUGCUUACAUCACAGACACUCUCUGUCUAUCAUAAAAUGGAGGAGGAUAAUACCAAGCUAAUACAGAAAUACAAACAGGACCUUGAAAUGUACGACAAGCAACUCAGACAACAAAUUCAAGAAUGCAAAGCAGCACUCCAGCAAGGUUCUCAAAUAGAAAUCUACGACACAGGAUGUGAAAUUCAUUCCCAAAUAAGUCUCCCUGUAAAACCUGUCCUGGGUACUGCCAGUUUCACUCCGAACAAAACCCCUCACCAUCACCUAGAACUGGCCUUAGGGAAAAUUGACACCUUAGAUCAAGGUCAAGCUUCAACUGACCAGGAUGGGUCAGUCAUGACAUCUGGUGGUCAGAAACCAUCCUCUACAUCACAACAGUCAGAACCAAAAGGAAAGAAGGCAGUGACUAUGUACAAACUACUGCCACAGACCAAAGUGUUGGAGGAGUGGGAGUCUCCUGUUGAUAUUAAUUCUAUAUGCCCCACCACUGAUGGUCAGGUGUGGACCAGUGCAGGUUACAGUAACACAUUAACUCUCCUGGACAGGAACGGGAAAGUAAUACAGCAGGUCAAACAAAAAGCUGUCAUCAACAACAUAAGUCUGUCACCAACAACAAACACACUGUGGGUCUGUGAUAGAGAAAACAACAUCAUGGAGCUGGUAUCAGGACGACCGACACACAUAUUCAGCAUCAAGGAGUAUCCCAUCUGUAUCUGUGUUACUGCCAGUAACCAUGUCAUUGAGGGGAUGACCAAACACAUCUCCAAAUUUACCACACAAGGUCAAAUGGUACUCACUACAAGUGUUACAGGGACUGGGAAGCCAUUAGUGUGUUCACCAUGGAGGAUCUCAGAGUGUCCUGUCACUCACAAUGUCGCAGUGGUUGAUUGGAAUAAUAAGGAUAAUGGUGCUGAUGGGAUAGAACAUGUUAUUGUUAUGGACUCUGACUUCAAGGAACUGUUUAUAUAUAGAGGUGACAUCCCCAGUACAUAUAAACAAUCAUCACAUAAAGGAGCUAAACCAUUUAACCCCUAUGGUGUAGUGUAUGACAGUGUGGGGAACAUUAUCAUAGGAGACCGUGACAACUACAGAGUCCUACUCAUCAGUGGACGUGGUGAGUUCCUCGGGAUCAUACACACAGACACAUACAGUAUAUGGGCUGUAGGUGUAGGCAGAGAGGAUGUCCUGUGGGCAGUGUUUGGUGGAAUGUUUGGUGGGAAUGUUAAACUACUACAGUACACCAGUGUGUGACUCCUGUGAUAAAACUAGUAGGUAUAGGUUACCAUGACAACACAGAAUCAGACCAACAAAACUGACCACAAUAAACAACCAGUCAACAUUCUACCCUGAUUGUACAUCUUCAUAAUCACUGGAGAAAAUCUGUUCAACAUUCUAGUGAUUUUCUGUUAUUAUGAUCAUCAGAGAUAAAAUAGCCAAUAUUCUAGUGUGAUUAAUAAUUCGUUCAAACUAAAUUUGUUACUAAACGACUAAAAUGAACACAUGUAUCUAUGAUCUACAGCCUAUAGUGUGAGACAUCCAGAUUACUCUUUUGUAUAGAAAUAUACCAAUGACCUCUAAAUCACUGACUGGAUAGUGUGACAAACAGAUAAGUUGUGGCUGGAUAGUGGGAUAAACAGAUAAGUUGUGGCUGGAUAGUGGGACAAACAGAUACGUUGUGGCUGGGAGGUAGGACAAACAGAUAAGUUGUGGCUGGAUAGUGGGACAAACAGAUAAGUUGUGACUGGAUAGUGGGAUAAACAGAUAAGUUGUGGCUGGGAGGAUGGACAAACAGAUAAGUUGUGGCUGGGAGGUAGGACAAAC